AUGUUUUUGGAGUUGGUCUGCGCUAUGCUGGGGGUGAAGUGCUAUGACCUUAUGGCAUCAUUAACAGGGCCAAACUGCUGCCUCAAUGACUCCACUGUUGACAUGUACUUGAAGUAUGAACUCCAGCCUACAUCCGUGAGGACACUCGUCCAUUUUUCACAGAGUCACAUUCAGACGUGGAGUGAUAACAAAAUACGACUACGGGAGCAGUACGGCCAACAUGGCUGCGUAUGGGCAGAGCAGCCCACCCGAGUACCAUAUGUUGAACAUUCCACACCACCUGCCGCUGCUGCUCUGCUACGGCUGCGGGGACAUCUGUCGGACGUGAAGGACGUGCACCUGCUGUUGAAUGAUCUCAGCAACCAUGACGCCGACAAGCUCGUGGCUCAGCUGGUGAAGGAGUACGCACAUCUGGACUUCGUGAUGGGGGUUAAUGCCGAGCUGGUCGUCUACGACGGCCUCAUCGCAUUCUUCGACAAACACAGUUGA